AUGAUCCCAAAGCUCAUGGUCCUCAUGUGGUUGUUGGUAAGCAGCGACUUUACUCAGAGACCAGACCUCUCCAUCAGAACGCCAGUGAAACUGAACAGCCUCCCUCCAGUGUCAUGCUUCGACUCUCGCGCCAAUCCACUCACCUUUUUGAACGUCGGAAUUCGGGAAUGCCUCGUGCUGCGCAACGUGGGAGGCCGCUUCGCCUCGGCCGCAGGUGACAUCGCCGCGCUCGACACUCUCUUCCACGUUUCGCAGAUCAUCCUCAUUCAUCAUACCAACUGUGGGGCGUCGCACGUCACCAAGCAGCAGGUACUUGACGGAGUCCAUCAGAAGAGACCCGAGUUUACGGGAUUCGCAGAAGAGCUUGAAUGGAGAUUGCCGAUGAAGGAAGACAACCACAAUUCGUUGCUGGAGGACUUUGAAAGAGUCAAGAGUUGCGGGUUCCUCAGGGAGGAUUUGAUUGAUGGAGUUGUCGGGUUGUGGCUCGAUGUUGAGACUGGGCUGGUGAAGAGGGUGUAUCCUGAGGAUCAGUAG